GCAUAAUACGGAAUGGAUUCUGCAGUAGUAAUUAGUAAAAUAAAUAAAAAAAUGAAUGCUCAUUAUACUCCAGCUCGUUCUUGUGCCAAACAAUUGGUAAUAUUGUUCGUGAUCAUGUUAUAUGUUGUGCAAAACAUUAAUCGUUGCUUGUUACAUAAAUGACAAUUUUAAGCAAGCGUCCAGAGUGCUAACGAAUGAACGAGGCAGUUCCCAACUCCGGCGACGGCGACGGCGGCGGCGGCGAGCGUUCAUGGUUCCUGGCCGCCCCAGCAGGCCAGCGCAAGUUGCCUCUUGCUAGGGCCUCGCUCCUGCGUGGGAACAGCGGCGCCAAACCACCUCUGGCCGUCGCCGGCGCCCGUACUGACGACGAGGAUUGGGGCUGGGAAUGGCGGAGGGAGCCGGAUGCGGUAGGGGAGACUGGCGCCAAGAUCAGGAGGAGGAGGAGCGGAUCUACGUCCGCGACGAUGCGGCAGUCGCCGGAGCCGGAUGCGGUAGGGGAAGGGGAGCCCGGCGGCCGUCAUGGCGGAGGAACCAUUCUGAAAACAUAUGGCGCCGGCCAUGGCCGUCUCCGAGUCCCCGAAUCCAUCUCCGUGCUCGGGCCGCCUCCGGUGUCAUGCCCCGCCAGCCAGGAUACACACAGAGACCAUCCGCACGCACUGGAACACCCACGAACUUCAACUUCCCCGCCGCGGGCUCCGUCUAGUCCAGGCGCCGCGCGGCUUCACGGGCUCACGGCGUGCGUGACAGCAUCAGCAUGGAAGACAGAGUGGAUGACGACGCCACGGCCGAGUAGAACUCAAGGCGCGCGGCAGCAAGGAAGAAGCUGCUGCUGCUGUGCUGCUGGCGACCAUGGCCCUGCCACCGCUGCGGUGGUGGGGCGACGCCGGGCUGGACGAGGAGACCCCGUGUUGCGCGAUGCUGUAUGCAAUCGCGUCGCAGCACCUCAAAUGUUUCCAUACAUAUAUUCCACUCAUAUUGUUUUGACAGGGAUUUUGAAUUUUGUAAGCUGGAUUACAAUGCAAAUGGACAGGACCCGUGUUCCUGGUAUUCUUGUGAUUGGUUUAAUAGGUGUUUUCUUUUACGGUUCGUAUUCUGGAUUGGGUUCAUCUCUUUAGUAAUCGGAGGAUCCAGCUUGUAAACAUGAAAAAGUAGGAACUUAGCGAGUCCUUACCCCCCUUUAUCUGAUUAGAGCGGAAAGGGCCCGCGGAAUUCUUA